UCUUUCUUCCCCUUCACUCUCACUGCAAACGGAGUUACUAUUCCAAAUCAAGAUGUGUUAUAAGGUCUCUUUAAUCUUGACAGUAGUAGCUCUGUAUGCUGUGGAAGCAUUUGUUCCCGUCAUCGAAGAAAUUCACAUGCCUCAGCCAUACUCCUUCGGCUACUCGGUAAAGGACAAGCACGGUGAACAACAUAGAAAAGAAACUGGUGAUGGAGUUGGUGUUGUGAAGGGCAGCUAUGGCUUCACUGAUGAACGAGGAAUUCAUCGCCAGGUAAAUUACAUCGCUGAUAAAGCUGGUUACAGAGCUGAAGUGAAGACUAAUGAGCAUGGUACUGCUCCUCUAGAUCCAGCGGCUGUCAAAAUGAUCUCUUCUGCUCAUCCUUACCUUGGUGGAGCUGGUGCCCAUUUAACUCCAAAAGCAGUUGUAGCUCCAAUAGAAAUUGCAGCAGCGGUGCCUAAAAUUGUUAACGCCGGAGUCGCAGCCCAUUUAAGUCCAGUAGGAAUGGUAGCGAUGAUGCCCAAAGCUGCAGCUCCCGGAAUUGUAACCUAUGGUACUACUUUGGGUGGAAAAGCAGGGUACGCAGCGCCAGUUUACGAAGGAGUUGUGAAAGGUUAUGACAGUAGAUUUGGAGCUUACUAAUAGCUCCACAGUGCUGUCAACUUAAAACAUGUAAAACAUUUGGCACAGUAUACGGACACAAGGAUUCAUAUGGCUUUUCGAUUCAUAUUUAAUUUAUAUCUUCUGUGUAAAUAAAUUGUAUUGCAUUACA